AUGCGGGUCUUCUGCGCGCUGCUGCUGCUCGCGCUGCCCCCGCUGCAGCAGAAAGUUGCUGCUGCAGCAGAACUCUACCAGCCGCUGCCCCCGGAGCUAGACACGGCCGCGGGCACUGAGGGGCUGCCUCCCGCUGCAGACGGCCUGGUGCCGCGCCCCGAGGAGCUGCAUGGAACGCAUGCAACGCAGGCAGAGCUGCAUGCAGAGCUGCGUGCAGCGCAUGCAGCGCAGCCUGUGGACCUGGGGCUCCCCAGCAACGAAGACCCGCUGCUGCCCCCCGAACUCCUCGAGCCUGCACUCAUUCAAGACAGCACUCUCGAGGCCUCUUCAGAGCUUUGGGACUCUUCCCACGAAGGCCGCCCCGAAAGCCGCGCCCUCCCUCUCCUCUUCGUCCUCGGAGUUGCUCUUCUGUGCUGGCGCUUCCUCCUCGGCAAGCAGAAGAAAGAUGCUGCUGCUGCCCAGGAGGAGCAGGAGCUGCUGGAGCCUUUCGGGGCAACCGCUGUGCCCCCCGAGUUGACUGAAGAGGAAGGCCUGGAGGAGAAUGUGCCACUGCCGAAGUUGGUUUUGACGGCUUUUGAAGAAGGGGCGGGGGCCGGUGAAGAGCUUGCUGCAGAAGAACCUGCUGCUGCAGACGUGCAGCAGCCCGCAGCAGCAGCAGCAGCUGCGACGGAACAGCCCGUGGAGCAGCAGCAACUGGAGCCAAGGGAAGAAAAGGAAGUGCCCCCGAUGCAGCAGUCAGACCAGCAAGAAGCCUCGCCGGUCUUCGACGAAAAUGCAGUUCGCAGAACUCCAGAACCUCCUGCAGCAGAGCCGCAGCCAACUAGGGAACAAGAGUGGCAGAAAGUGGAGCCCGGGGAUGUGGGAAUGGGAGAAGAGCAGCAGCAGCAGCAGGCCGCGCCUGCAGAGGAAGUGCAGCAGCAAGUGGUUCCGGCGGGUCCUGAAGAGAAACCCGAAAAACUUGAACAGCCUCAGAAGAAACCAGAAAAAGAGGAAUUAGAAGAACAAAGAGUGGAUAUGAAGACUCCAGAAGAGGUGGGAGUGUCUACAGAGGAACAGAGAGUGGUUGUGGUGCCCGCCGAAGACAAGCAGCCACAAGACGUGAAAACUCCCGUUGAGGAGCCUCUGAAGGAAAAAGCAUCCAAAGGAGAACCAAAACUACAAAAGAAGACUGAAGAAAAAGAGGAAAGAGAAACUGUGCAGACUCCCAAAAAGGAAUGGGAAGCGAAGCCUUUUUCCCGGGAGGGAUUCUUCGUUGCAGGAACUCGCGCUCUGUUUAGGAGGCUUGUGUGGGAUGCGGCGGUGGCUGCGUGGAACCUGUGGGGGCUGUUGGACUCCCAAGUUACGCCGCAAAUUGAGAACAAGGACGGGAACAGCUCAAGCGCGGAUCAUUUUGACUAA